AUGUCUUCCCCCACAUCUUUCCUGAUCGCUGGCGGAACCGGCCGUCAAGGUGGCGCCGUCGUCAAUGCGCUUUUGGCAGACAAGUCGACUUCAAUUCAACCCGAGGACAUUUAUGUCUUGACUCGAAAUACGGAAGGCGCUGCUGCUACCGCGCUCGCUGCCCGGGGGGUUAGCCUUGUGCGCGGCGAACUCGGCCAGCCCGACGCCAUCUUCAAGCAGCUGGCAGGCCAGGACGUCAACCUCAGCAAGACAGCCACGUUCCUGGCUCAGGCUCACGGACCGACAGAGCUGACCGACGCCAAAGGUUUCAUAGACGCCGCCGUUACGAACGGAACGUCGUAUUUCGUCUACUCCUCCGUCGAUCGCGGCGGCAAAGAACUCAGUGACCGUGACGCGUCCUACUGCAAGACCUUCUCCGACAAGUUUCAGAUCGAGAAGCACCUCGAAGCGGCCAGUGCGGGAGGCAAGCAUAUCAACUUCACAAUUCUGCGACCGACGUGGUUCGCCGACAACGCUCUGUGGGGAUUCCCCGGACAACUUUGCAUGACAGGAUGGCGCGAAAACAUGAAGGGAAAGCGAAUGCAGGUCGUCAUAACCAAGGAUAUUGGACGCUGGGCAGCCGAGGCUCUUCUGCGCUCUGACGCCUCGGGUAUUCGAAACACAGCCGUGAGCAUUGCCAGCGACUACUUGUCGUUCCAAGACAUCGACGACAUCUUCCGCAAGGAAACGGGAAGCCCCGUCGGCGUCACCUAUGGCUGGCUGGCGAGGUUGAUGAUCUGGCUAGUCAAAGAUUUACGCACCAUGUUCGCCUGGAUCAACGAGAGGGACUAUGGUGCCGACUUGGAGGAGCUGUCCAAGACGGUCAAGCCUACCACGUUCCGUGAAUGGGUCAAGGAAGCCGUAAAGGCUUGA